AUGCCGCGGACCGGCAGGGACAAGGGGGCCCCAAAGGGCACGGGCAAGGACCGGGGCGAAGCCGCCCCCCCCCGGCCCCCCGAGGACGGCGGCGGCGGCGGCGGCCGGAGCGCAGGGAGCGAGCCCCGGGCCAGCGGGCACGGGCACGGGCACGGGCACGGGCAGCGGAGCGGGAGGAAGGGAGGAGGGGACCCCAAUGGGGCCGCAGGGAAAACCUAUUCCCCCUUCCUGAACAGCGUGUUCGGCAAGGAGCGGGAGCUGUCACCGGAGGAGCUGGAUGAGCUCCUGGAUGCCUUCAAGGAGUUCGACACGGACCAGGACGGGUUCAUCAGCUACAAGGACCUGGGUGCCUGCAUGCGCACACUGGGGUACAUGCCCACCGAGAUGGAGCUCAUCGAGAUCUCCCAGCACAUCAAGAUGAGGAUGGGCGGGCGGGUGGACUUUGAGGACUUCGUGCAGAUGAUGGGCCCGAAGCUGAGGGAGGAGACGGCUCACAUGGUGGGGGUGAGGGAGCUCCGCAUCGCCUUCCGGGAGUUUGACGCCAACGGGGACGGGGAGAUCAGCAGUGGGGAGAUGCGGGCGGCCAUCGCGGCCCUGCUGGGCGAGCAGCUCAAGGCGCACGAGGUGGACGAGAUCCUGCAGGACGUGGACCUCAAUGGGGACGGGCGCGUGGACUUCGAUGAGUUCGUUAUGAUGCUGUCGUCCCGGUGA